AUGCUUUCAUCAGUACUUCCUCCGUCAAUGCGGAUACCUGAGGCUGUGAAUCCGCCUAUUCCUGGAGAAAGCCAUCGUUAUUAUGGGAACAUUCAUUUAAAACAACUUAAGCUUCCUUCGAAUUCUUUCAACCAUUCCUUUCAAGGAACGAGUUACCCUCAUUAUUCAGUAGACGGUUCGAUCGAAGGUGAUUUAGACAUUCAUGAAGCAACAGCUGCUGGUAAUUUUAUCAGGGUUAAAGAGUUACUUGCUCCUCGUGGUUCUGGUGAAACAACAUCUGCCUUCUUGCUUGCAAAUGAAGCCAGUCCAUCUUCUGGUUUGACACCGCUUCAUUACGCGGCGUCACGUGGGCAUCUAGAAAUUGUUAGAUGGUUGAUAGAUGAGGCUGGAGCUAUUGUUGAUCUCGAAGAUCAAACGGGAGAGACAGCUCUCCUUAAAGCAUCUUAUAAUGGUCAUUCUUCAGUUGUAGCGUAUCUUCUACAAAAGAAAGCGAGUGUGAUUCAAAAAGAUAACGACGGUUGGACUGCGUUGCAUAAUGCUUCUGCUCAAGGUUAUUUACAGAUUGUUAAAUAUUUGAUUGAACACACUUCGGCCGAUGUUGAUGUGAAGAGUACUAAAGGUCACACUCCUUUAAUGAACGCUGCAUCAAAGGGCAAUAUUGAAAUUGUAGAAUACCUUUUAAAAUAUGGUCAUGCGAAUCCGCUCAUAAAGAACAGUUUUGGAGAAACCGCAUAUGAUGUUGCUGCUAUAAGUCUAGAAGUAUAUAUAUGUGAAUUGUUAGAAAAGGCGGAGCGAGAUUGGUGGAAGGGCAAAAGAGCAAUGCCUACCUCCACUUCAUUGAAGGAAUAUGUUGACCUGCCGGCGCCUGAUCAACCAUAUGAUGUUUAUUCCUUUCAUAUCACUGUUCCCGUCAUAGUUUAUGAAAAUCAGCGUACUGCUUCAACAUUAGGUUUUCCUCUUCGUGGACCACCAAAAUAUUCAGCUAAUAACUUAUUGAAAAGCGACCUUCGAGGUCCUUGGUCUCUUCCAAAUGGUAAACCUUCCUCAAGAGAUGAAGUUCAACUUCCUUUAGGACCCUCAUCAUCAUCUAUUUCAGUCGUUUCUAAUAUAACUUCUUCUAAGUCACAAAAAGCUUGGUUUUGGGUAACCGAUUGGCAGAUAGAUAUGUCACAUCCGCAAGUCGACUCACAAGGGUGGCAAUAUGCUAAAAAUUUUGAAGAAAGUGAUAAAAAUUGGUUUUCUGAACAACGAUCUAGCAGUGGAAGUUGGGUUAGGAGGAAAAGAUGGGUUCGUAUUAUGAAACGUCGUAUGGAUCUAACAACAGAAAGUGGAAGUGCUUUACACUUUGCUCCAGAUAAUAACCUUUCUGUGGUUGAUCAAUUGGGACGAUAUAAAGAAGCAAUAGAACUUUUGUUAUCUGGGAUCAAAGCUGAUAAAAAUCCGCAGCGUAAACAGGAAGCCACUUGCCUUGUAAAUAGUUUUAUGACUCAUGCUGAAUAUUUAGAUAAUAUAUUAAGAAAUGAGCUUUCGAGUACAAGCCCGAGUUUUAAAGAUGUUCCAAUGACUCCAACAAUUACACAGCCUUUGCAAAGUUUAUUUAGAUUGGAAUCUCCUGAUGAUCGACCGAAAAAUGUUACUCCAAAUGCAGGUACAAUUAGCAACUUUAACGCUCCAUCGACAACAAGUCUUAAAAGUUUUGAGACAAUUGAAAGUCCCUGGAAUGAUACGGUUCAAAGUAACGAUGUAGUUGGUAAUUCAUCUUCCAUUUUUGGUGAUUCAGCUAUGGUAUCUCCAACACGUGCACAUCCUCAACUAGGUUUAACCGUCAAAAAUGUACAAGCAAUCACUGUCGUUGGUAAAUGGGAGAAUGAUGAAGACGUACAUGAAUGUCGAAGAUGUCAGAAGAAGUUUAACAUGAUUUUUAGAAGACAUCAUUGCAGGCGAUGCGGCCAAGUGGUUUGUGAUAAAUGUUCUACUGCAAGGGUUAUGUUACCACUAAAUCAAGUGCUUACUGAUCCAUCCCAAAGUGGUGAAGCAAGCCAAUUAUCUCAAUACCAUCGCGUGUGUAUUUUAUGUUUCGAAUCGUUGGAUCCUAAAUCUCGGGAGAGAUCAGAUAGCUUCACUUCUACGACAAUCGUUUCUGGUUCAUCUUCCACAAGUAAUAGAAGACGUAUGAGCAAUAGUUCUAUGACCGUUUGUCCUGUUUGUAAUAUGUCAUUAAGUAAAGCCCCUGCAGGAAAAAAUGAAGAACACAUCAAGAGCUGUCUCGAAAAGAAGAAUAGCACCGGCGUUAGCGGUUAUCAAUAUGUGGGUGAGCAGGUGCUUUACAGUAGUCUUGAACAAACAGGAAAAAAAAUUACAAAGUAG